AUGGCUGUAGAAUGGCAACUGGGGAAGAAGAAAAAAGCUUGCGCAGGCAGCGCUGCGAUCCGAAUUCUAUCCGACGCCUUCCCGUGCGCGCGUCCCACCGCCAGGCGGCUCUGCUCCGGCGCCUCGCCGAGGCUCCGCUCUUCCCGUCUCCGCCGGGCGCCUCGGCGGCGGUGGGCAGAGCUUCCUGGAGCAGCCGCUGCGAGAUCCGGUCAGCGGCGUCUAUGGAGAUGGAAAGCUGGGGCUCCCGUGCGCCGGGGCUGCUGCCCGCCUAGACGGAGGGAGGCCACCGGCCGGCCGAGUCCCCGGGAGGAGCGCCCUCCGGAGAGGCCGCUUGCAGGAAGGGGGAGCGGGCAGCGCGGGCGGGAUUCUCCCGUGGCAGUUACUCCUUUCUCCUUUCCCUUCCUCUCCCCUCCUUGCAAAAGGCGAGGGAGCCCCGCAGAUCUUGGCAAAAUGAUGUGUGUGUUUGUCUUUGGAACAUUUCCUCCUCCUGGGGGAAGAGAGAUGGUUGCCACAGAGCCAGCACAGGCACCGCCAUUCUCCUUUGAAGAAGUGGCCGUGUAUUUCACAGAGGAGGAGUGGGCUCUCCUGGACGCAGAGCAAAGGGACCUUUACUGGGAUGUCAUGCAAGAGAAUUAUGAGAAUGUGGCAUCCUUGGCUGUUCCAAUUCCUAAACCCGAGUUGAUCUCCCGGCUGGAACGAGGGCAAGAGCCAUGGAUCUCCAACCCCCAGGCCACGGAGGACAAGAAGGUCUCUAUUAGUGCCUGCCAAGGGAAUGACAUUUAUUUGAAUUCUCCCGCCAUCCCGGCAAGCGAAGUGAUCGUGCGGGAGAUCAAAGAAGAGGUUCCUGAACGAGAAAUCUUGGACCAAGCUUUGUUGGGCUCUCCGCCGGGGCUCGACCCCCUGAACCCAGAGAGCCGCCAUGGGCUGCAGAGGCAGUGGGAAAUCCCGCCGGCGACAGUGUGGCGGGAGCCGUCGCGGCACCUGCGGGCAGCGAGUUCGAAACGCAGCAUGUUCCACGUGGGGCGCAAGAAGCUGAUGUGCCCCGAGUGCGACCGGUGGUUCCACUGCAAGUCCGAGUUCCUGCUGCACUGGAGGACCCACACGGGCGAGAAGCCCUACGAGUGCCUGGCGUGCGGCAAGCGCUUCAUCCAGAGCUCCCACCUCAGCGCCCACCGGCGCAUCCACACGGGGGAGAAGCCCUACGAGUGCCCCAAGUGCGGGCGCAGCUUCAACCGCCGCUCCACCCUCACCGAGCACCUGCGCAUCCACACCGGGGAGAAGCCUUACAAGUGCCUCCAGUGCGGCGAGAGCUUCCGAUGGAGGCCCUACCUCACCAAGCACCAGAGGGUUCACGUGGGCGGCACUGUCUACAAAGGCCUGAGUGACAGGGAAGCCAUGUUUGAGAGCCCGCCCCCUGAUGAGCAGCAGGGAAGCCACCCAGAAGAUGAUGCCGUGGGGAGUGGAAACGUGGAGGCCUUUCCCCAGCAUGCUACCUUUGAGGAGGUGGCAGGACAGCAUGGUGGGGCCGGCCUUAACCCAGAAAUGGAAGGCCAGCCGCCUGAGAGGCCUAUAAAAACUGAAGUGGAAGGGAAUGACGUCACGGACGUCAGCCAGAUCAAGAUCGUUCAGGUGGAGAAGAAGCAUGUUUGCCACGAGUGUGGCAAGGCCUUCCAGUACAAGUUCGAGCUGGUGAAGCACCACCGGACGCACACGGGGGAGAAGCCCUUCGAAUGCCUGGCGUGCGGCAAGAGGUUCUUCCAGAGCACCCACCUCAACGCCCACCUGCGCAUCCACACGGGGGAGAAGCCCUACGAGUGCCCCAAGUGCGGGCGCAGCUUCAACCGUCGCUCCACCCUCACCGAGCACCUGCGCAUCCACACCGGGGAGAAGCCUUACAAGUGCCUCCAGUGCGGCGAGAGCUUCCGAUGGAGGCCCUACCUCACUAAGCACCAGAGGGUCCACUCGGGGGACAACGCCUACAAGUAUUUUGACGGCGGGGAGAGCCUCUAUGACAGCUCGGCCUUCUCCGAGCACCAGGAGGAGAUCCACCCAGAAUAUUUGGUUUCUGCGCCCGACUCCAUCUCCCACAUGGCACCUCGGGGAGAGCCGUGGGUGCAAGGCCCCCAGCGCUCUGAGGGGAGGCAGAGUCACAGAAGCGGCUCCGAAGGCGAAGGGGCAGCGGAGCCAUUGCGAGGGCAGUCUGAGGGGGAAGGCGAAGGCGUGGACUCUCCGAGGAGCCUCGCUGCCCCUCACGACAGGGCAGGAGCCAGCGACUCGUGUGAUAGCAUGACAACUGAACACCCAGAGGAGGAUACCCAGCAAAGAGGCCUUGAGCGAGAAGUCGACGAAGUGUCGCCAGACAGAUCCGAAGAAAACGUUUCCCUGAAGUCUCGAGCCGCCUCUGAUAGUAGUGGGCAUGGGUCGUUGGAACAGCUAACAGCAGAGUGGGAUGAAUCUGAUAGUUUAAAAUAAAAUCCUUCCAACCCCCGGCCUCAUCCUUGAAUGAUGAAACUGUCGGAAUGUGGAAAGGGCCUGCAUUUGUCCACUGGUGGAAUCUCCGAUUAAACUGUUCCGUCCAGCAGCAAAGAGAGACCUCCAGAGUUCAGUACAUCUUGCAAACAAUUUCUUUUGGAAAGACUUGAAGACACAGCAGCAUUCUUAACUCCACCCACCCACCCUCCUCCAGUGUUAACCCAGACACUUGCAUAGCCAACAUGUACGGAUCACGGGGAAGGGUGGGGUUCUUUAACUUAAAUAUUAACAUAUGUCUUUUUAUUUUAUUUUAUUUUGUAUGGGUUAAUUCAUGCGCAUGUUUUAUGUUGUCACCCAGGAAUACGCUAAUGUUAUGAUCUGCGGUCUGGGGAAAGUCGUCAUUAUGUUCCCACAAGAGAGGUCAGUGAUUUAGAUUUCACAAGAGUGAACAUUUUUAAGGCUGGGAUUAUAUGCAUUUCACAAUUGCACUUGCACAAGGACACAAGCUGAUGCCAGGGCACCGAGUUCCGGCAUUCCUGAGAGACUGGGGCUUUUCAGGUUUCUAGCCCUUAAGCAUUUUCGGAUGGAAUUUUUGAAUCUGAAAAUCUAGAGCACUGAAUAGAGUUGUGAGCGGUCAGGAGGCAGGGUUUCAGUUUCCUCUAAAACUAACAGUGUAAGCAGAAACAAUUAUGCAAAAGAGGCAAAUAUGUCUAUAUAUAAAUAUGCAAAUGACUUUUCAUUUGCAUGCCAUGUCCAGGUCAAAGAAUUCAGCUACUUUUGCUGCAGAACAUUGAUUUAAUUAAGGGCAGAAAAUAUGUAUCCUGACUAUGGGAAGCCAGUCAAGGUCAUAAAGUCUUGUUCCAAGUCUGCGACAGAUUUGUCACAUCAUCCUUUCCCCCUCCUUUUUAUUUCAGUUUUGCAGACAAAACCCUGAUUCUCAGAGUCUCACAGCCACGUUUCACGGUAAACUCAUGUAUCAUGUGACUUUUCACUUUUUGAGUGUGGAAUUGUCAACAUUUCAUUUGUGUGGAUGUGCUCCCCCAUGUGGCCGGAAAUGAGAAUCCCUACUCGCUGGAGGACCGUUGCUUUUCAAUAAUUUCUCUGCAGAGUGGACAUUCUCUGAUGCCACCUCACGGCACAUUCUAGAAGAAAUGUUUGCCAACUAGAAUUGAUCACUUUGUGGUGAAUUUACCCUCUCAAAAGUGAAUGAGCAGACGUGAGCAUCAGGCCCAGGGUACUUUGCAGCAGCAGGCAAAGAGUAAUUAUUAUUAUUAUUUUUAAAUGGGGGGGGGAACCCUAACACUGAAUAAUAUAACUCAGCAACAGUUAUGAGAGGCUAACAUUUUAUUGAUUUUUGUGUUUUUAUUGUUAGCUGUGUGUGUGUGCUUUAGAACUGGUUUAUAAAUAUGUCAGGACGGUAUUCAACUAAGUCCUGCCCGGAGACCCACUGAAAUUAAUUCAUCUAAGUUAGCCGUGUCUAUUGACUACAGUGGGUCCUACUCAGAUUAGCACUGAGGGCACCCUUAAUGUGUGGCUUCCUGCAUUUCUAAGCUGGCCCACAAAAAAUGCUGCCUUUUCAGAGUCUGUGGUCUGGAUCCUGCAUUAACUUGGAAUUGACAACAGACCUUUUGCAGCAGGAUUGUCAGUUGGUACAGUUUUGCAGUUCUGGAUCCCAGCCUUUGCACUGUAAAGAGUUACGUAUAUUCUUUUAUUAUUGUUGCUGUCAAUUCCUUUUUAACGAUGCCCUCUUCGUUUUGGAAGACUGACUCCCCCCCCCCCCGCCUGCCCAGAUUUGACAGUUUUUGGUGUUCAAAACAGCAGAGGGAGGUGGCCAGUUGCUUAAUUUUAAUUGUAAACUGUAGGGCAGUUUUCCAUACAGAGUGGUGCUUUUUCUUAAUUUAAAAAACAGUAAUAAAAUAUUCCAGUGCUUCAGACAGCAUACAAUGGGUAGAACAGCUUGCAUAGGUGGGGUAUAAAUAUUAUUAUUAUUAUUAUUAUUAUUAUUAUUAUUAUUAUUAUUUGAUUGAUUGUGUGUGUGAAACUGCAUUGCAUCUAAGGAUUUAUCCAGGGUAAAAUGCAGGAUAGAAUCAUAGGGUUGUAAUUCAGUGCUAGUCCUACACAAGAGUAGACCCACUGAAAUUCAGUACUGUGACUAAGCAGCAGCGGGGCAUAUGCCCGUGCUGCCCAGGGCGGGCAGGCUCCCAAGAGGGGGACGCGGAGGGUGCCCUCCCACGCACCACAGUUCAGGGUAGGAGAGGGGCCUCUGUAUCUAAGCUGCCAUAAUUUCAUAGAAUCAUAGAACUGUCAAGUUGGAAGGGACCACAAGGGUCAUCUAGUCCAACCCCCUGCAAUGCAGGAAUCUUUCGCUCAAAAUUCACGUUGGAUAUUCCCAAAGCACAGGCGUGUGGGUCCAUGUAGCAGACCUGCAAGAAUCAAUGGGAAUGACUGUUUUGAAGGAGCGAGCGCACACCAAGUUCACCAACAGCACACUGGGGCAGGGCUUGUCUGAGUGAAAGGGCCACCACUGAUCAAACCCUACAGGCAGCCCUUAUGUACAUCAGUCAAUGCCAUGUCAAACGCCAUCCUGUACAACAGGGCCUGCUCAGAGGCAUGGCGUUAGAAGCACCUUGAGAGAUACCUCUUUGAUUCUCAGGGAGUCGCUCCAUAGCAAUUCAUCUCUCUUCCCAGGGAACUGUGUCUGCAUGAGGGGUCUCCUUAACAACUCUCAGCACCCUUAACAAACUACAGUUCCCAGUAUUCUUUGUGGGGUGGAAAACAUGAGUGCUUAAAGUGGUGCAGUGCUGUCUUAAAUUCAAUUGGCCGCCAUGCAGACCACCAGCCAUGGGGCUCAAUACCUCCCUUGUUUGAUUUCAGAAGCAGGCCACAGUAGUAGUAAUAAUAAUUUUAUUAUUAUACCCCACCCAUCUGACUGGGUUGCCUUGGGCCACUCUGGGCAGCUUCCAACAGAAUAUAAAAGCACAACUAGUGUAUAGAGCUGAGUGAUGUCAUUGGUCUGGCAAGCUCAGUAUUGUCUAUUCUGAUUGGCUGCAGCUCUCCAAUGUUUCUAACUGGGGGAGGUCGUUCUUCAAACAUGCAUUCUAAUACUAUUUUUAACUUUUCAACAUACCAGGGAUUGAAACUGGGACCUUCUGCAUGCAAAGGAAGCUCUCUACCACCGAAGGUACUAGCAGUCGUGUGCAGCCUUAAUGCACAUGUGUGAAUCUCUUUUGUUUCCAGCAGGGACCUAAAUGCACUAAUAUUUCUUCUUCUUCUCUGGAUAAUGCAAAAUGUAGCAAUAAGGCAUGCAGCCUAGGAACACUGGGCCCAGUUCAUGCAGGCAUUGUCUUGCUUUCGUCUCAUCGAGAUCACCUUGACUUCAAGUUAGAUACAAAUAACUUGAGCCCCGUUGAUUUCAAUAGAAGUUAACUAUACACAUCUACUCAGAAGUACGGCCCAUAGUUUUCAAAGUGCGUUUAACCACAGCGCUCACCUGUGUUUUCAAGCUGACAGGAGCUGCAGCCAUUUGACAAUGUGAUAAUCAGAUUUUCUUUUUCUUUGCAUAACUCAGUUUACUUCUGCUUUAAUGAUUUAAAAAAAUGUUUCCACUUCCCUUUCACCCGUUAUUUACUUUUAAGGAAUAACAUGCAUAAAAAUUGAGAACACCGUCUUUGACUUCUCCUUUCUUAAGUAUGAGGAGUAUGAGGUGGAAGAAUGGGCCAUACUGUUUUGAGCAGGCAUCCCCAAACUUCGGCCCUCCAGAUGUUUUGGACUACAAUUCCCAUCAUCCCUGACCACUGGUCCUUUUAGCUAGGGAUCAUGGGAGUUGUAGGCCAAAACAUCUGGAGGGCCGCAGUUUGGGGAUGCCUGGUUUUGAGCCAGGUAUGCAGGUACCCUUGCAAGCAAUUACUGUGAAAACGUUCCCUCUGUCAAGUGUUCUUAGCCAAUGAGUGAAGAGUGAUUGAGUUAUUUAGACAGCAGGUGGCAGGAAUCCCUGGGGGUCCUCAACGACUCCUGUUUUCACACCCACCCAUCCUUCAAUGCACUUUCCUUGCUUUCUUAUUUCCUAGGCAGAAAUUAAGCAGGUCCUUUUUUCACACUGAAAUGCAAUUAUGAGGAGAAAAGGUUGUGUGUGUGUGUGUGUGAGAGAGAGAGAGAGAGAGAGAGAGCAGGGGAA